AUGAUAGUCGAUUCGAUAAGUUCGUCGGCCGCUUCGACGUCUUCUUCGUCGCCGACACCGCGUCCGAUCUCAUCGCUGCGCAAAUCGCUCAUGUGCGCCGUGUGCGGAGACGUGGUACGUUCGACUGGGGAGCGAUAAUUCAGAGAUCAGUUCAAAACACAGUGAUCUCUGUGCACUGUGGGGUUGUCUGAAACGACGUUUCGUCAGAAGACCGGAACAGAAUGAAAUGGGAUUAGUUUUCGGCCGAAUGAUCCCUGAAACGACACCUGAACCCGAUGACAUCUCGCUUCGUUUAGGCACUCGGGAAGCACUACGGAGUGAAUGCGUGCAACGGAUGCAAGGGAUUCUUCAGGAGAAGCAUCUGGAAGAACAGGACGUACGCGUGCAGACACGGAGGAAAGUGUUUGGUGGCGAAGGAGCAGCGGAAUGCGUGCCGAUCCUGCCGCCUGGCCACAUGUUUGAACGUCGGAAUGAACCCGAGAGCAGUGCAGGGAGACACGGUCGAAGAUCAGGAGUGGGACGAGGAAACCCGUCCGGAAGUGUCGAGCAUCGGAACACAGACUUACAAGGAGCCGGUCAGGACAAAGGCCGACGUCAAAAAGAGCACAAUUAUCAGCAAUCUGAGGGCGAUCUAUGACAGGACGGAUCCGGAGGACUCUUGGAAUGUCACAUUUCCAGGUUCCUAUGACUUCCGGUACGCAUUCUACAACACAAAAGUGGUGUCCCCUCGAACUCCGCUCGUUCCGACCGCUGAAAGGAUUGCCACGUUGAGCGACGUAGUCUCAGACUUCCGGAGAGGAUUUGUGUUGUACGUAGAUAUUCUCAAAUCGAUUGAGCAACUGGAAGAGGUGUGCGAAGAGGACAAGAUGAAGAUCGCCAAGUCUCGGUUCGCCGCCUUCUACUGGUGGCUCUGUUCGACGUGGUCCGCACAGGCGGGAUGCAAUGGAGUGUGCUACUCGAACGGAACAUAUCACCCCGCCGACUUCAACGAAAUGCCACGGUCCGAAGGAAAGCACGGCGUUCGUAUUGAGUACGUAGAGUACGGGGUUUAGCAUAGACGUUAAGGGAAAGCAUUUUGUUUUCAGCUACAGUGGAGUCUCGCAAAAAAGUUUGGAGAAUCUGGUGGAGCCAUUGAAGCGAUUGAAACUGACAGAUGAGGAGAGAAUGGUUGGAGCCGUCAUGGUGAUACUCGCUGAUCGUGAGUUCAGCUCGAAGGCUUUCGCAACAAAUACUCCUUUCAGCCGUGCCCCAUGUGACUCCUAAAACUGAAAAAAUACUCGCAGAAGCGAGAGACUAUUAUUUGGAACUUCUCGGCUCUUGCAUCAACCUGCCAGAAGAGGAAAUCGGAAUCAGAAUAUCAAAAAUGGUUCUUCUCGUAGCAUCUAUUAUGGUAAAAUCCUCUACCGCGCUUUUCCUACUAAAAUUCGAAAAUUUACAGGAAUUGGUACACUUGUCAACGGACAACAUUCAACUAUCAGACGUUUUGCAUGUCAUCGAUCUUGGAGACUGGUCUAUGGAACUUCGGGACCACAGAUAUAGAAGACAAUUUUAA